CACCGCCGCUGCGGAGUCUGGGGCGCUGCCAGCGCGCAGCGGCCGCCGCGGCGCCCUUAAAUAGCAUCCAGAGCCGGCGCCCGGCAGGCAGUGAGCUGCAGUGACAGUCGGCGACCCAGCGGCCAGGCCGGCCGAGGAGAAUUCAGCUUAGGGAACCACCAGCACAGGACCAUGCAAGCCCACGAGCUGUUCCGGUAUUUCCGGAUGCCAGAGCUGGUUGACUUCCGACAGUACGUUCGCAGUCUUCCUACCAACACGCUCAUGGGCUUCGGAGCCUUUGCAGCGCUCACCACUUUCUGGUACGCCACGAGGCCCAAGGCCCUGAAGCCGCCAUGUGACCUCUCCAUGCAGUCAGUGGAGGUGGCGGGUGGUGAUGGUGCUCGGAGAUCCCCGCUCCUCGACAGUGAUGAGCCCUUGGUGUACUUCUACGAUGAUGUCAAAACCCUAUACGAAGUUUUCCAGAGGGGCAUACAGGUGUCGAAUAAUGGCCCGUGUUUAGGCUUUCGGAAGCCAGAUCAACCCUAUGAAUGGCUUUCAUACCAACAGGUUGCGGAAAUGGCAGAGUGUCUGGGCUCAGCUCUGAUCCAGAAGGGCUUCAAGGCCGCCCCCGACCAGUUCAUCGGCAUCUUUGCCCAGAACAGACCUGAGUGGGUGAUCAUCGAACAGGGAUGCUUUGCUUAUUCAAUGGUGAUCGUUCCCCUCUAUGACACUCUUGGAACCGAGGCCAUCACCUACAUAGUCAACAAAGCUGAACUCUCUCUGGUGUUUGUUGACAAGCCUGAGAAGGCCAACCUCUUAUUAGACGGUGUAGAAAAUAAGUUAACAACAUGCCUUAAAAUCAUAGUUCUCAUGGACUCCUAUGGCAUUGAUCUGUUGGAACGAGGCAAAAAGUGUGGGGUGGAGAUUAUCAGCAUGAAGGCUCUGGAGGACCUGGGAAGAGCCAAUAGACGGAAGCCCAAGCCUCCAGCACCUGAAGAUCUCGCAGUCGUUUGCUUCACCAGUGGAACUACAGGCAACCCCAAAGGAGCGCUGAUCACUCAUCGAAACAUAGUGAGCGACUGUUCAGCUUUUGUGAAAAUGACAGAGAAUACAGUCAAUCCUACCCCAGACGAUACCUUGAUAUCUUUCUUGCCUCUCGCCCAUAUGUUUGAGAGAGUUGUAGAGAAAAUUCUUGCCUUGGGGCCCAGUGACACACACAUUUCGUUUUUACCACUUGCACACAUGUAUGAAGAGAUGAUGCUGUGUGUAAUGCUGUGUCAUGGAGCUAAAAUAGGAUUUUUCCAAGGAGAUAUCAGGCUGCUUAUGGAUGACCUCAAGGCACUUCAGCCCACUGUCUUUCCUGUGGUCCCCAGACUGCUGAACCGGAUGUUUGACCGAAUUUUUGGACAAGCAAACACCAAACUGAAGCGAUGGCUGUUGGACUUCGCCUCCAAGAGGAAAGAGGCAGAGCUUCGCAGCGGCAUCAUCAGAAACAACAGUCUGUGGGAUAAACUGAUCUUCCACAAGAUACAGUCGAGCCUGGGAGGAAAAGUCAGGCUGAUGAUCACCGGAGCGGCGCCCGUGUCCGCCACCGUGCUGACCUUCCUGAGAGCUGCGCUCGGCUGUCAGUUUUAUGAAGGCUACGGACAGACCGAGUGCACUGCCGGCUGCUGUCUGACGGUGCCUGGAGACUGGACGGCAGGCCAUGUUGGUGCCCCAAUGCCUUGCAAUCUUAUAAAACUUACUGAUGUAGAAGAAAUGAAUUACCUGGCUGCCAAUGGCGAAGGCGAGGUGUGUGUGAAAGGGUCAAAUGUAUUUAAAGGCUACUUGAAGGACCCAGCAAAAACAGCAGAAGUUCUGGAUAAAGAUGGCUGGUUACACACAGGGGACAUUGGAAAAUGGUUACCAAAUGGUACCUUGAAGAUUAUUGACAGGAAAAAGCACAUAUUCAAACUGGCACAAGGAGAGUACAUAGCACCCGAGAAGAUUGAAAACAUCUACCUGCGGAGUGAACCUGUCGCUCAGGUGUUUGUCCACGGGGAGAGCUUGCAGGCAUUUCUCAUAGCAAUUGUGGUGCCAGAUGUUGAGACAUUAUGUUCCUGGGCCCAGAAGAAAGGAUUUGAAGGCUCCUUUGAAGAGCUGUGCAGAAACAAGGAUGUCAAAAAAGCUAUCCUAGAAGAUAUGGUGAGACUUGGGAAGGAUGCUGGUCUAAAACCAUUUGAACAGGUCAAAGGCAUUAGUCUCCACUCUGAGUUAUUUUCUAUUGACAAUGGCCUUCUGACCCCAACAAUGAAGGCUAAAAGGCCAGAGCUUCGGAGUUACUUCAGGUCCCAGAUAGAUGAACUGUAUUCCACCAUCAAAGUUUAAUAGAAGGCUGCAAACUCAGAAGAAACCACCCACCUCCUUAGCUGACUUCUGCUGAUGGCCUUCACGUUGGUAACUUUGACUGCAGCAAGCCUAGGGGAGGCAACGGCCGUGAUUGGCGUGUGUGUUCAGGCUCUUGUCGUAGGAAUAUUAGAGGAAACAGACACUGCCUUACAGUCACCUCGUGCUGCAGACCAUGUUUAUGGUGAUCUACAAUUUCCAAAAUGAGCCUUAAAAAUUGCAAAGGGGAAACUAUAAAUGUGCUAAGUUAUUUGCAACUUCCUCAAUUAAAAAGGCAGGUGAAAACCUCCGUCUCCCUGCUUUUCUAACCAAGGAGUUAGGACUUUGCUAUUUCUGAGAUGCCUACUACUUGCUGCAAAUUCUGCAGUUGUCUGCUGCUCUGAAGAGUACAGUGCACUGGAGGGAAACUGUCCCUUAGAAACAAGAACCGUCUCUGCUGAAGAAUGUCACAAGUAGACCAGAGAUUUUUUUGUAAUCCCUGUCACCUUCCUUUCCCCACCUCACAUGUGUCCUGACAGCCCAUCCGAUGAAGGGUUAUAGAAACUCAAGCCCUUCUCCUCAGUUCCCUGGUGUCCCGUUGGAGCAGAAGGUCCCCAGUGAGGCCAAGGACAGACCCAGCUCAGCGCAGUGCAGAUAUUGAGUCUCGGCUGAAUGGCUGCCCGAGCCAGUGGAUUUGGGCACCCACUGAGCAGUAUGUUCUCCUACCCUCUUCUCCAGACCUGAUUUCCUCCCUCCAUCUCUUCCCAGGGGUUAUUUUAAAAAUCUGCCUUAGACUCUACAGUGAAGACACACAUUACAAGAAGGAAAUACUUACCCAGAUCCACCAUACUCAACUGUGAUGCCUAAAUAACUCUCCACUUUAUCUUCACAGAACCACUCAUUCUGUUUGUGACAGCCAACGGAUUUUUAAUGUGGUUUUCCUAGCAAAAGAUCAUGUUGUGAUUAACUGGCCUUUUCCCCCAGAAUAAACACUCAGGCAAGGCAUGUCUUUAAAAAUAUUAAGGGAGUAGAUAGACUCCGGUACUUACUGAAAUGGACAGUAAUAAACAUGCUCUUAUAAUGCUGCCUGAUUUCUAUGAAAUGUGUUUUGAGAAGCCAAAUCCUAGGAUGUAGAAAUCUAGAAAACUCAUUUUCUAGCAUUCAUUUCUUGAGAGACUUUUUUUUAAAAGUUAAUUUGGGAAAUCAGUGGCAUUGGACUUUACUGCAAGUCUUUGCCACAUAGGACUGAAUUAAGUUGUCAUUUAUACAUUUAAAGCAAUUGUUUUGGGAUCUGUGAGAAUACGUGUAUUAUCCAAGCACAACAGGUUUGCACUAAAGAAUUGUCAUUGUAAUAACACUAUUUCGGAGCCUAACUCAUGUGUAUUCUUAAUUGCACAAAGAGUCAAUAAUUUGUCACAUUGGGGUUUUGAAUGUUUGCUUUAAGUGUUGGCUAUUUCUAUGUUUUAUAAACCAAAACAGAAUUUCCAAAAACAGUGAAGGAAACCAAAAUAAAUAUUUCUGCAUUUCAA